AUGCAUGGAUGCCCUGCUACCCUUCCACUGGACCUACAAUUGCAACCAGAAGAAGACAUGUUAGAACCACCCUUAGAACAAUCAUUGGAAUUACACAGCAAUAAAAUAACAGAACAAUUGCACCAACAGAGACUUCAAGCCCAGAAUAAUAUCCACAAGGCUCA